AUGGUGACUCCCGUGGGCGAGUUAAUUACUUAUGCAAAAGACAAUCGAAAUGGAUACAUCUCUUCCAUUCUGGCCUGGGUGCGAAUGUCCGAAGAAACGAUGGUUGAGCAACAUAACUUUGCAGGAUUUCAGCUGUAUAACCCUGCGUCCAGCAUGUUGUCUAACAUGACUUCCACCUACAAAACAGCGCUCAAUCAAACCAUCAAGUGUGACUCGAUUCUACGAAGCUGGCAACGCGCAACGUACCAUGGCUUGUUGGACACCACUCUUGAGACUGAUUCGGUCUGUGAUCAGGGCUGUGGCCUCUCCCUGAAGAAUUGGUAUGGCACGGUCAGUAUCGCCUGUGCGGGCCAAAAUAUCACUUCCCCCAGAGGCGAUGGUUUGCCGACUCGCAUAGGGGGAACUCUUUGGGCUGGCUAUAACGAAACAUACAUCAAGAAUCUCGAGACUGAUGCCUAUUGUGAUGACUUAAUUGACGGCUUCACUGACGUGGAGUUCUACUACGAAAUGCCCGAGGCUGAGCUUUGCUCCUAUUGCAACGUGGAAAAAUACCGCGUUAUGCAGUCCUCUCCUUACUCCGUCUACAACACCGGGCUAGAUCUCUCCUACCAAGAAACACUGGAAUACAUAUACGCCAUAUGCCCUGGCGAAUGUGGUCCCACAAAAAUCCACGCCCCAGUGAUCACCUUGGCCGAGGAUCCGGUGUCUUGCUUUACGGAAGCAAUUUACACGACCAAAGCUAAUGAUACAUGUGACUCGAUUGCGCAGACGCACUCCGUUGCAUCGGCUUCGUUACUGGAGUUUAACUCUAAGCUUCUUUACAACUGUACCGAGGUCACCGUCGGCAUUGAUCUGUGUCUGCCUCUGACCUGCGAUACUCUCUACAUCCUCCAGGAUGAGGAUACCAGCGACUCCAUUGAACUUGCGCAAGACUUGGACAUCAGGGUGAUCAGAAGAUACAAUCCCUGGCUCAACUUCUGGUGCGACAACCUGCAGACUACCACAUAG